AUCCGGUUUUCAGUUCAAGAGUCGUUUUCUAGGUCAGCGCACUGUCCCGCCUAUCAGAGUGCGAAAACUGCACAAUAUGGCGGAGACGAAAGCUAGUUUCGGAGUCCCCGAUGGGUGUGCCAAGGCCCCGGCCUUCCACCCGCCCAACAUAGAACAGCUGAGGAAGAUUGCUGGAGACUUGGGACUUGAGCUGACAGACGAAGAACUCACUGCAUAUAGAGAGCACAUGCUCGACCUGGAGGAGGAGUAUGGUAUUCUAGACGAACUUGCAGAACCUACGCUGCCUGUUAAAUACCCUCGAACUCCAGGCUGGCGUCCUAAGCCAGAGGACAACCCUUUUAAUGGCUGGUAUUGGCGUACGGAUAUUCAAGGUGCCCCCUCUGGGAAGUUGGCUGGGAAAACCCUGGGUAUCAAAGACAACACGGCGGUGGCUGGGGUACCUAUGAUGAACGGGUCCAGGGUGUUGGAGGGCUACAUGCCAGAGUUUGAUGCCACUGUGGUCACCAGGAUACUGGACGCAGGUGGACGAAUUCUCGGAAAGACCGCAGUUGAAGAUCUGUGUAUCAGUGGCAGCAGUUUUACCAGCAGCAAACUGCCAGUGUUGAAUCCUUACGACGCCACGCUAUCAACGGCGGGUUCCAGCGCCGGUAGUGCUGCCUUGGUCGCCGGAGGUCAGAUAGACAUGGCUCUUGGUGGCGACCAAGGUGGAUCUAUUCGAUUGCCUGCCGCAUGGUGUGGUAUUGUGGGGUUAAAACCCACGUGGGGUUUGGUUCCGUACACUGGUAUUUCAGUUAUACACCCCUGUAUUGACCACGCAGGCCCCAUGACCCGAACUGUGGAAGACUGUGCCCUAAUGUUAGAGGUAAUCGCUGGAUAUGAUGACGGUCUUGACCCUAGACAGCCGCCAAACAUCGUGAUGCCCGAGUAUUCAAAACUGCUGACUUCAGACCUUACGGGCAUGAAAGUGGGAGUAUUAAGAGAAGGAUUUGACAAAUGUGAAAGUAGUGUUGUUGAUUCCACCAUUCGGUCAGCGAUGGAUUAUUUUAAAGCAGCCGGUGCCAGCGUGGAAGACGUCAGCAUCCCCAUGCAUAUUACCGGUCGGAAUAUCGCAGGACCAAUUAUAUUUGAAGGGUGCUAUGAAACCAUAGUGCAGGGGUGCGCUGUUGCCUUCGGAUUCCCUGGCUUUUAUCCGACUACCAUGCAACAGGCCACAGCUCGGGGGAUAAGAACCCAUCUCAAUGAUGUAUCUCAUACACUGAAAAUGGCUGCCUUGCUCGGAGAGUAUACCAAACAACGGUACAACCACAUCCACUAUGCUAGAGCCAUGAACUGCGCACGACUGCUGCGGAAGGCCUAUGACGACGCCCUCGCCAACUAUGACGUACUCGUCAUGCCGACCAUCCAAAAGCUGCCACAGAAGCUACCAGCGAAAGGAUCGAGCAUUAAAGAAAAAAUCGAAAAAUCCAAUGAGACGCUGUCGAACACGGCCCAGUUUGACGUCACCCAUCAUCCGGCCCUGAGCAUCAACGCGGGGUUCGCAGAUGGACUUCCGGUUGGCCUCAUGAUCGUCGGGAAGCACUUUGAUGAAACCACCGUGCUGAAGGCUGCAUACGGCUUCGAGAAAAAACGAGAUGAGAAAUGAUUUAUCGUGUAAUUCAAAGUUGGUCACGGGGAUUCGUCGACUUCUGAAAAUGUUGACUUUUCCAGAUAAUGAAAAAUAAAUAUAGAAAUAUUCAGAUUUUUAUAUACUGCAAAUAUGUUAUACAAGCUGAGGUGCUAGCCCAUGUUAGCACGUCGGUUGCAAAAAAUAUGCAUCCGAACAUGAACGAAUGCUAUUUCACUCUGAAGUUGAAAGAAACUGACAAGACUGUAGCAUGACUUCAUCUGAUAUAACAGCGCAGAGAUCCAACGAAAAUUAUUGCACAUAAUUGACGUCAUAACUCAGGUGGUGGCAUCUGGCGGAGGCUAUAGGCUUUGCCGACUGUUGAUAACAGUCAAAAUCCAUGCUCACAACAUACUCCCCAAUAUCAAAUGGAAAAUUGACUGGUCACGGCGUCUCUCUGUCGUGAAUGGCCAUUUAUCGCUUAUAAAAUAAGGAAAGACGUAACCGGAGUUUGUUUUCAAACUAAAAUUGCCUUCAGGCGUUUGAAAAUAUCCUCUAUUCAGUGAUCUAAUGCAAAGCUUGUCGCAACUGAGGCAUUUAACUGUACCAAAUGAAAGCUUAUCUGUAACUGAUGUUUGUCUUGGAACGCUGUCAUGGAACAUCUAGCAGUAAAAAACUGUUUUAAGCAAUC